AUGACGGAAAAAAAAUCCAAAAUAAAAUGCUUUAGGGUGUUUUGUACGUCUGAAAAAGAAAGAGUAGCAAGGGAAAUUGCACAAGAGGUGGAUGAAAGAAAAACAAGGAACGAGAUGGAGAAGAUCUACGAAAGGUACAUUAUAAAGCCCUCAUAA